ACGAGUGUGCCUGAGGGAUGGAGGUGGGAUGGGGGAGCACAUGAUGUCAUAGAGGGACAGGCCAGGUUCAUACUCUGCAUCGGGCUGCGAAGACGCACCUCUGGACAGUGACAGAGAAGCUCCGUCUCCCUCAGCCUCUCCAUCCACCUGCUCACACGCGGCUCGCACAGUGAUCAUGGACUCCGGCAAAGUGGUGGAAAACAUCUACCUCCUGGUCAUCGUCACCCUCAUCAGCGUACUUCAGAACGCAUUCUUUGCCCAGAAGGUAGAGAGGGAAUGCAACUGUCAAAAUACUCACACAUCUGCUUUUGAACGGGUUUCUUGUGCCAAUCGUAACUGCAUGGAUGCUUAUCCAACUUUCCUGGCAGUGAUGUGGUGUGCCGGUCUGUGUCUCAGUCAAGCUCCUGCUGCCUUCGCUGGGAUCAUCUACCUUGUAGUCAGGCAGAAGUACUUUGUUGGAUACAUGGGGCAAACCUCUCAGAGCACCCCCGGCUACCUGUUUGGAAAACGCGUCAUCUUCUUCCUGUUCCUGAUGUGCGUCGUGGGCAUCUUCAACUUCCUGCUGACGCGUCACUAUGGCAGCGACUAUAAGGAAUACGUGGAGACGAUCACCAGCGCUUCAUCUGCUCUCCUCCUCAUCCCUUAGCCCAGUUUGUGUCACAACAACACCCCCCACCACACACACUUAUCUUUUAACUGUGUAUGAAACCAAAUUAAAACUCACACCUUUUCAUGUUGUUGUAGUUGUAAAAGAGCAUUUAUUGUAUUUGAGUUUGGUAAAAAAUAAAAACAUCUCAUAAACAAACGCUGAAUCA